UGCGCGGUGCAGUCGCCGCACAGACAUGGCACCGCAUGCCGAAAUACUGCUGCUGUAACCUUGAUUGAUCAGCCUCUUCGACUGAGACAAACCUUAAAGAGCAACAUGCAGGCUGCUAUGGAUAUCACGGCAAAGUAUUGCCAUAAAGAAAUGGAAGAAUAUGGGUCAUGUGUGGCCUCCAACCCAUCAACAUGGCAGCAAAAGUGUCAUGAACUGAAGAUGAAGGUUGCUCAGUGCACAUCAUCACACCCAGUGAUCCAGAAGAUCAGACAAGACUGUUCCAAGGAGUUUGUGGAGUUUGAGCGCUGCCUGAGAGAAAACCAGGACAAACCUACCUCCUGCUCACCACAUGUGGCCCGCUUUCUGGGCUGUGCAGAGACAGUGGACCUCAGUGGAGUGGCUACAAAUCCAGUACCUCAGCCAUCGUAGCAGUCAGACACCUUCCAUCACCUUCAGAUUGCACCUGUCCCCACAGCAACGCAGAUGUGCUAGUUUCUCGUGUCCCAGCCAUGGUACUGUAUGUACAGUGACUGCUAGGACAUCUUUUUUCCUUUGUGACAUAAUGUGUGUAUCCCGUCAAUCCCCUACAAUAAGAUGUAGGGGAUUGCUACAGCACUGUGAGUUAGAUGGGUGGUGAGUCCUUUUACUUUUCUUGUAAAUGUUAUAUACUUACCUAUAAGUGAGGAUGCUUGGUUUGUAUGGGUUUUUGCUGAACCAUUUCAUUAAAAUUGAUAUCAGACUUGUA